CCAGUCAGUCAGAAACUCCCUUGUUCCUCAACACGCAGUAAGUUUGCAGACUGAAGCAGCAACAACAGAAGCACCUCCCUUUCUCUUCCACAUCUGGAAGAGUGGAGAGGCACAUAUCAACAACUCUGUCUGAGUCUUUUUGUAGUACUGGACUGACCAGGAUAACGUCAUACACUUGGGUUAGUAAGAGAAGCUACCUUUCUCUUGCAGACUACAAGUGCAACUCCUCCACCUAACUUUGGACCGCUGGUUUCCUGAACACACCCCAUUGCUGCAUUAACGCUACUCCGAUCAGGGAGUCAAACUUCAACCUGUCCAUCAUCACUGACUGACAGCAACUACUAACUGCAGUAAAGGAUGCCAUUAGGAGGAGGAAACAAGUGUGGCCGCUGUCAAAAGACAGUUUACUUCGCAGAAGAGGUACUCUGUGACGGGCAGAGCUUCCACAAGUCCUGCUUCCUGUGCAUGGUGUGUGGGAAAAACUUGGACAGCACAACUGUUGCUGUUCAUAUGGAUGAAAUUUACUGCAAGGCAUGCUACGGCAAGAAGUACGGGCCAAAAGGCUACGGUUAUGGCCAGGGAGCAGGGACCCUCAGCAUGGACAAGGGAGAGUCUCUGGGUAUUACACAUGACGAACCUGCUCCUCAUCGUCCUACCAGCAACCAAAACCCAUCCAAGCUGGCUCAGAAGUUUGGAGGGUCUGACAAGUGCCCUCGCUGUGGCAAGGCUGUCUACGCUGCUGAGAAAGUGAUUGGAGCUGGGAGUGCAUGGCACAAGACUGGAUGUUUCACAUGUGCCACAUGUAGGAAGAGCCUUGAGUCAACCACACUAGCAGACAAGGAUGGAGAAAUCUACUGCAAAGCCUGUUAUGGCAAAAACUUUGGUCCCAAGGGAUUUGGAUACGGACUGGGAGCCGGGGCGCUGGCGCAUACUCAGUAGAGACCACAGAGAUCUUCGUCGACAGGUUUCGAGAAUGCUGCACUACUGUCUUCUUCCUGCAGAGGGCAGACUGCUGCCAGUAAACAUUCCCCUGACAGACACAUGCUUGAUAAAAAGCUGCAUUAUAAAUUGUACAGUGGAAAAGAUAACAAUUUUAGUCUCAUAUAGGCCAAAGGUGAUUACUAGUGCUGUUACAGUAAAUCUUGAUAUAAUCCACACUUAAUACUGAAACAUCUGUUUAACAAUGCGUUGUUGAUCUGCCCUAACUGCAUUUUUAUCAUCCUCUUCUUAUUGUGCGGCUGUUUCUCUCUCUGCAAAGUCUAUAAUCUAUGUAAUAGAGUAAAUGCUGCUUGUCUAUGUGCUAUGCUUUCCAAACAGCAUGAUAAUAAAUAAAAUGGAAAGGUAAUGA